UUUUGCAUGUGUGAAAUGUGUAGAAUGUUUCCGGUUGCCUUUUGAAUCUGGAGUGCACUCUUUUUUUUAAUGUUGGUGAAUAUUCCAAUUAUUUUGAGAAGCUCGUGAAGGAAGUGGAGGCGAAAUUUCAUGCGCUUUUAUCCGUAAAAAAGUAAGCAGAUGCUGCCUCGGUGCGUCUCGCGCUUUCCCAGCAUCGCGUCUCGAGAGCGCGAGAGAGAGAGAGUGAGAGAGAGAGCGAGAGAGCGAGAGAGAAAGAGAGAGAGAGUACCACCACCUCUGUCUAUCUGAGCAUCCUGCGGAAGUCGCGGAAAGAGCUCGUGCGCCGCGCUGCUUCUCUCCGCCGAGGCAAACGCACGCGCUCGGCUGCUCGGACCUCUCAAACGCGCAGAAUGACAACAAAGACGACGGACGCAGGAGUGAAGCGUUUAUUUAACUCGACGUCUUGACAUCUCCCUGGACACUAUUUCAUUCAAUUUAUCGGUAUCCUUAUCAGUUUUCUCAUUUAGGCUGUUUCUUCUUUUAUCUACUUUCUGAAGGCGGAACGAGCACUUUAACGGAGUGUUAAGGGUGCUGACAUGUUUGUGUAGUUGAUUUAUUUUCGCGGAUGGUGUCUGAUCUGAAGUCAAGCUGGUUGUGAAGGUGUGUGACCUAUUCCCCUCGCCCCCAGACGGAGUAACCAUGGCUGCGGGCGUAGCAGCCUGGCUCCCCUUUGCCCGGGCAGCGGCCAUUGGCUGGAUGCCCGUGGCCAACUUGCCCAUGCCGGUGGCUCCACCUGACAUGAACAAACGACAGGAUGAGCUCAUUGUCCUAAACGUCAGUGGCCGGCGUUUCCAAACGUGGCGCAACACCCUGGACCGUUAUCCUGAUACCCUGCUCGGCAGCUCCGAGAAAGAGUUCUUUUUCAACGAAGAGACUCGUGAGUACUUCUUUGACCGUGACCCGGACGUGUUCCGCAGCAUCCUGAACUUUUAUCGUACUGGCAAGUUGCAUUACCCGCGCUAUGAGUGCAUAUCAGCUUACGAUGAAGAGCUGGCUUUCUUUGGGAUCAUCCCUGAGAUCAUCAGCGACUGCUGUUACGAAGAGUACAAGGACCGCAAACGUGAGAACGCUGAGCGCCUAAUGGAUGACCUUGAGGACAGCAAGGACAGCAAAUUGCCAAACAUGACUUUCCGUGAGACCAUGUGGCGCGCCUUUGAGAACCCGCAUACCAGCACCAUGGCCCUGGUUUUCUACUAUGUCACUGGCUUCUUUAUUGCUGUGUCUGUCAUUACCAAUGUGGUGGAGACUGUACCAUGUGGCUCCACGCCCAACCGGCGGGACAUACCUUGUGGAGAGCGCUAUACGGAAGCCUUUCACUGCAUGGACACGGCAUGUGUCAUGAUCUUCACCGUGGAAUAUUUGAUGCGGUUGUUUGCUGCACCAAGUCGCUACCAUUUCAUGCGCUCUGUGAUGAGCAUCAUCGAUGUUGUGGCCAUCCUGCCCUACUACAUUGGCCUGGUUAUGACCAACAACGAGGAUGUGAGCGGCGCCUUUGUCACACUGCGAGUCUUCCGCGUCUUCCGCAUCUUCAAGUUCUCACGUCACUCCCAGGGCCUGCGCAUCCUGGGCUACACGUUGAAGAGUUGCGCCUCUGAGCUUGGCUUCCUCCUCUUCUCCCUCACCAUGGCCAUCAUCAUCUUCGCCACCGUCAUGUUCUAUGCUGAGAAAGGCUCAGCUUCUAGCAAGUUCACCAGCAUCCCGGCGUCCUUCUGGUACACCAUUGUCACCAUGACCACGCUGGGGUAUGGUGAUAUGGUUCCUAAGACAAUAGCAGGGAAGAUAUUUGGCUCGAUCUGCUCUCUGAGUGGUGUGCUGGUGAUCGCACUGCCUGUCCCUGUUAUCGUCUCCAACUUCAGCCGCAUUUACCACCAGAAUCAAAGAGCGGACAAGCGACGGGCGCAGAAGGUGCAGAAAGCGCGACUGGCCAGAAUGCGAAUCUCAAAGACGGGCAGCUCGAACGCCUUCCUGCACAGCAAACGCAAUGGCAUGCUCAACCAAGCCCUGGAGCUAACACAUCUACCUUACAAGAUGAAACUGUCACAUGAGCAGGACUCCACAGGCGAAGGGCAACAUCUGAAUAAGACAGCAUCAAUAAUAGAGAGCCAACACCACCACCUGCUGCACUGCCUGGAGAAAACCACGAACCACGAGUUCGUGGAUGAGCAGCUGUUUGAGCAGAGUUAUAUGGAAAGCGGCCUGCAGCGUUUCCCAUCGCAGAGCUCUUCCCUCACCAGCCAGGAGGGCAUCAUGGGGUCCUGCUGUUCCCGACGAGCCAAGAAAGGCACUCAGCCUGCUAAUGCAGCGCACUCACACCCUCACACACACCCACAUAUACAUCCACAUGCUCACAACCUGCAGGAGCUCAGCGCCAUACACAUCCAGUGUGGACAACAGCAACCUCUCACCACUAGUCGUUCCAGUCUCAACAUGAUGCCAGACGAAUCAGGAGGUCUGAACUGUAAGAGCAGUAGUCAGGUUACCACAGCAAUCAUCAGCAUCCCAACCCCUCCCACCAACACCUCCCCCAGCAGCCCAGAGGUUCCGCCCAACCCCGCCACCAACUCCAGCACCGGUGUGGUGAAGGUCUCCGCGCUGUGACGGACAUGUGCCAGAACCAAGCGAACAUCAGAAUAGAGAGAGGGGAGGAGCACUCAGGAUGUGAAAACUGUAGAGUAGCCUGCCCCCUUGUGGGAGAAGGACAGCACUGACUCAGAUUCCUGAACAACGAAAACCAAGGGGGUGAUGGAAAUAAGUGUGUGAGUGUGUGUGCGUGUGUGUGAAAGAGAGAGAGAGAGAGAAAGAUGUAGAGAGAGAGAGAGAGAGAGAGAGAGAGAUAACAAUAGCAGAAGAGCCAUAACAACUUGAUAAAUCCAUCACAAGACUGAUUAGAUGAGGAUGUCAAGAGUCACUCCGCAUCAAGCACUUUUUCUUUCUUUUUUGUCUUUAUUGUCUUGUAUUGUGUCUUAGGGAAGUGAUGUUUCGUCAACUUUACAGGCAACAAUUUCAGCUACUGCUUAUAAGCAACUUUCAACUUUCACAUCAUCUAAAAUAGGACGUUGAAGGACAUCGUGUCAGUUCUGUUCAACCAUUGCAAAUAUGUAAAGUCACAUGAAAAGCCACAUAUAGUUUGAUUUCACCAUUUUAAAAAGUUGAAGAGGAUGACAUUGCAAAGAUUACUUGCUAAAUGGAAUUUCAUUCUAGCUAAUUAGUGGAUUAGCUAUAGAUAGCUUAGCUAAUGAUAUGCUUGAGGUUUUUUUUUUUAAUAGUGAUGAUCAUUCAGGGGUGGACAAAUCAUAAAUUCAUUAGCUGGACCACAGAGAAAGUCAAAGCUACAGUGAACUUGCUCAGAAGUCUAAUAAACUAGGCUAAAAAGUGGAAACUAAUGUAAUUUAACCCCAAAGUGAAAAAUAAGGGAGUACUUUAUUCCCUGGGAGGGGCGACUUUAUGGAUAUAAUGUCAUUACAGAUGAUGCAUCGUGUUUGCACCCUUAAAAAAAUAUAGUAAGUCUUUGGCUAACAUUGUGGUGGUCUCUCAUCAGACUUAAAGAUGUUAUUUGAGACUGGCUAGCAUCUUCAUCUACACUGCACCCCACAGCAUAGCACUGUUGUGUACCACCAAGAGAUGUAUGAUCCAGUUAGUGUGUGUUAGUGUGUUCACAGGCACCUAUGAUUGGCUAGUGUGAAUGUGAUUCGUGAUAGUGUGACUGGGGAGAGAAUAUAAAUACCAAAUGAAGUUUUCCUUUGCAAAUGUCAACAGGAAGGGUUUUUUUUCUUUCUCCGGUUGAAUGAGUGGGGAAAAAAACCCCGCUGAUGACCAUUUUAUAAACAGCCUGCUGAACCUUUUUGUCCUCUGGGCAACUGCGAAUUAAAAAUGAGUAUCCUAGGUACGUAAUGUGAUUGUCCUUGGGACCGGGUUUGUGAUUUGUCCACUCCUGCCAUUACUUUCUAUUACAUCUUUUCUCAGAGUGAAUAGUUACUACUGAAAAGAAAUUAAUAUAUUUUGGCCACCAUUCAUCUUUUAUGGCUUUGUGAAUAUUUCAUACAAAAUAUAGUAUUUAAUGAGAAAAAAGUCACAUGAUGAAAUUCUGGACUAACGAUAAUUAGAUAAAGAAACUGCUCACUAGACGGCAAAUGCUGAAUUAAAGAAAUUAAAAUGUCCCAAAAUUUGCUGGCAGUGUUGCCUCAAAAAAAAUUCUUAACUCACUGCAUGACUAUCAUUUAGAAGGAACGUUCAAGACAGAAGCAAGUCCAAAACAGAUUAUUAAAUAUAAGCGUAAUGUAAUAUUUCAAGUCUUUUUCAUUUGUGUUGUUGUUGUUGCUAUUAUCUAUAUAUUAGUCAAUAAUUACAAGGAUAUCAUGCAGCCUUUGAAAAAAAAAAUCGUUCCAUAUCUGAACUCUGUAAAGACAGAAAAAAGAGUAAGGUUAGUUUGACAAAGAAUAUGGGAAGAUUUUUGUUUGUGUGAGUGAGAGAGUGUUUUCACUCCUGUAAGGAUAAAAGAAAUAGAGUGUAUUUGAUAUGUUAGGAUCUUUCCAUAGGUGUGUGUGCGUGUUUGUAAGCUCUCAGCGUGCCUGGAGCCUUUCACACAGUAUGUGCCUCUCUUGGGGGAAGGAUUUUUUUUCCUCUUCUACUCCACUUCCCCUCUCUCCUUCCUUGGGUCCAAGAUGUUGAGUGGACAAACAGUGUCAAUCUCCAAAUCGUCAGUAAUAACCAUGUAAAGCGGAACCAAAAAAAAAUCUAUAUAUAUGAAAUAGGUAUUCAAAAUAUCUGUGAUUAUAAGCACAAGGCAUUUGCUGAGAAUUUGUGAGUAGGAUAUGUACUAAGCCUUGGUUCAUUUGUGAAUAUUGUUAAUAGGAUAUUUUGUAAUAUUUGGCCAUUGUUUGGCAAACCAAGUGCAGCUGCCGCCCUUUUCCUCUUUCACUGUGGUCCAGUGCUGCCCUGUCCGCUUGUGUCUCUGAAAAACCAUGCUUUCGAUAGUUGGUUUGGUCCUAAGUGUUGUUUUCUUUCCUGCUCAGUGGGCAUUUUAUUGAAAAAAGUAAACCUUGUUGUGUGUAUGUGUGUAUUCUACCUGCAUAGAAACUUUUGGUGUUUGCCACUCUUCUGUGUUGCUUUAUUUUGUCUUUUCCUUCUCCUAAAAAAAAGACUGUCUGGAACGAACUCAUCACUGAGUCAAUGUUGCCAUGGUGUCAGCAAAGCCACAAAGAGUUUUGAUUGACACCUUUAUGGACCAAUCAGACGACUUCUUCAUUACUUAGACCCUGUUUCUUCAUGAUGGCCAUUUGUAGAGAGAAUGGCUUUGCCAAUAAUAGUGUAGAUGUGUGUAUUUGCGCUUUAGGACAGGAACAACUAACUUGUUUUAUGUUUUAUGUUUUGUACUCCUGAAUUCAAAAUUGCAUUUAAAGAAUUUAAAGGAUAUGAGGUUUUUUUCUUGCCCUGGAUCUAUUUCUCCACUUUGAAUCUGUUUAGUUAUCUGAUGUGGAUUUGAGGUUCUGGCCAUAUAUGUUGCCGGAAAACCUCACUACUCUAUUUUAAAUCUUAUUUCUUAGGCUGCAUUUACAUUGUGGGCCUUGGUGCUUCCCAUAUUUUGACACAGAUCAGAUUUUUUUGUCCUGUAAGAAAUGACCCAUCUCAGAUUCCCAUGUUUAUAUCAUUCCCACACCAAAAUGUGCUAGGCAGAAAACAGCAACUUUUUACCUUUUUAGUGAUUGUUUCCACUGCAGUUAAUAUGUUCUUUAGCCUCUUUGUAUUUUGCCUUUAAUUAGGGGUCCAAGCACUAAUUGUGCUGGAACCCUGUGGUUUUUGCUCAAGUUUUUCUUGUUCUUAUAUUUCUUCCCUAAAACAAAUUGUUCACACCAAACUGUGAGACGCAGAACCAUGAAAUUUGGUCAAUAGGUAGUUCUCCAUUCAACUAUUCAGGCAAGAGACAGGCCCUAAUGGUGGUGCUAACGGUAGAGCAACAUUGUACGUUUUUGACCAUAUCUCAAGAACCCUGAUACCUAGAGACAAAAAAAAGGUUCUGUCUCGUUUUGUAACUAAUUUAUUAAGCCCCACUCACUUAGAUUUUAAGCUAAUUUGCAUAAUAUGCUAAACCUACUUUUACGAAUUAGUCCUAGGAUUUUUGGCGUAUCUUCAGAAAACUGGUGUCAAACUACUCAGCAGAGUGUAACUGUCAAAAUCAUGUUGAGAUUUGUCAACAACAUGGCCAUCACAUGCCAAUCGAUUCUAUCAAGGCAGAGCCUAAUUUACUCAAAUCUGUAAAUACAAGGCAUGUUUCCAAGGUUCUGAGGAGGUCUGCAAAGUCUGGGGUGUGGUCGUUGAUAGGGAGCGGAGUUAGGUUCAGUUAGCUGUUUCUCAGAAGCUGUAAAUCCAAACAAACUGAGAUUUGGUGUACUGCAUCAUUGUGCUUAUAUGUAGUGGACUUUUAAUGAUGACUGGAUUAAUUGAAAAACAUGGCCGUUGUCAGCCAAUCAGCUUUCAGCAGGCAUUUCACACAAGCAUUGAGCUAAAACUUGAUAAGGAUGUUAAUCUAUGGUCUCUUUAUUGUGCUGUGUAACUUGGCAAGAACUGGCCACUGAAGGCGAUAUUUGCGAAGAGUGCUUGGACCAUGCAGACUGCUGGUUGUGGCUAUAUUUUUACAUGCCACUGGAGCCACGACUGACUGUAUACUUGUGCUGCCAUUGCCUGAGUGAUUUCCUUGUUGACAGCCCAGUUUCUGUAGCUACCCUGCAUGGGUUUUUUUUUUAAUGGUUUUUUUUUUUUAAGACAAUUUAUUUAAUCUUGGACUCCACUGACAACCUUUAAUUAGGGGUCCAAGCACAACAAUUAAACCCCUGAUUCACAUAUAUUGUUUGAAUGCCAAAUGAUGACUUUUAGCCUAGCCUAUCGUCUUAUAACAUUGACAAUAAUUUCAGAGUUAACUGCAAAAUUCGAUGUGACCAUUCAGAUUUGAGUCAAAUGAACAGAGAUCAGAUAUGUUUCAGAUUUAGAACCUGUUUAUAUUUACGCAACGAUAUUCGAUCUGUGUCAGAAGACAGAGGAAAAAUCUAAACUGGUUGGCAAUGUAAAUGCAGCCUUACUUUUUUUUUUUAAUCACAAUUUUCUCUUACUAACACUAUUUAUGCCCCUGAGCUUUGUAUAGCUCUGUGAGUUCUUGUAUAACUAAAACUGUAUAAAACACAUUCUUGGUUCGAAAGGCUGUUUUGGAAAUAUAUUAGAGAUAGAAUAUUUUCUCAUAGUAAUGACAGUAUAGUAGAAACACCAGCAUAUAGUGUAAAUGUUCUUACUUCAGGAAAUUAGGAAUAUUAUAAUUAUUGCUCAAGACCAUCGGUUCCCUGUGUCUGACUAUUGAGACUUACACUGCCAUGUUUUACCACAUUGUACCAAUGUGGGGUUUUCUUUAACAUUCUUUUAGAUAUUUAAAAGACACAGAAUGAAAGCUCUUAAAUGAGUGAGAGCGUCAAGAUCAAAAUACAACACUUUUUUCCCUGAUGUUCUACCUUCAUUUUAAGCCAUGGUAUCUGAGAUAGCCAUAUACAGAGACAGGAAUUAUUUUAUUUCCAUACUAUCAUUAAUCAUUUACAUGCAUCCAUCACACUGUUUACUACAACUACAUGUUUAAAUUAAUUUCAGUGGAAAAUUAAGUGUGCAAUUAU